UCUCUCUUCCUGUUCACAAGGCGACAGUAACACUUGUAACGCUGAGUUGUCUGCAAUGGUGUCUCUACAAAUUACUCCUUCCACUUCUGUGGUCUUGCACAUCUUAUUAACUGGUGUUGUUGCCCAGGAUGGGUGGGGUGUGAAAUACACCCCAAAAUCUAUUUGUGCCCUAAAGGGAUCUACAGUGAUCAUAGGCUGUACUUACACGUACCCACUUGGAUUUGCAAUUAAAAAAUCUUUUUGGAGCAUAAGACAGGUGACAUCUACUUCAGAGCCUCCUGACCUGUCUCUAGACCUCAGGUACCAAGACAGGGUUCAGUACCUCGGAGAUAAACAGCAGAACUGCACCCUCAGCCUGAGAGAUGUGACAGAAGAGGACCAAUGCAAAUACUACUUCAGGUUCAUAACAUACAAAGCAGAUGGGAAGUUUCAAGAUAAAAAUGGAGUUCAACUUUUUGUCACAGACCUCCAGGUGGAGACUCCUGAGGAAGUGGUGGAGGGAGAUGACGUCACUCUCACGUGUAAAACCACAUGCAAUCUGACUGGUCCAUCGUACAUCUGGUACAAAAAUGGGGUCAGUUUAUCCUCCAACACCAAGGCCCUGAACCUGAAGACAGUCAGCAGUGAGCAUGCAGCCAGUUACAGCUGUGCUGUACUGGGACAAAGCCAUUCAUCUUCCGCUGUUAUUCUUGAUGUCAGGUAUCCUCCAAAGAAAGUGUCAGUGUCCAUCAAUCCCUCUGGUGAAAUAUUGGAGGGCAGUUCAGUGACUCUGACCUGCAGCAGUGAUGCCAACCCACCUGUGCAGAACUACACCUGGUUUAAAGAAGGAGGAACCUCACCUGUAGCAUCUGGACAGAGUUACAGCUUUAACCUCAAUACCAGUAGAAGUGAAAUGUACUACUGUGUGGCUCAAAAUGAACACGGGGUGCGCAGAUCAGCUGCACUGCCACUCAAUCCAAAACCAGGCUUCUCCAUGAUUUCAUAUGUAGCUGCUGGAAUUAGUCUCUGUGGGGUUGCCGCUCUUCUAUUCAUCGCUUUCUGGAAGAGAAGAAACAAGCAGAACAUGAAGUCAUCUGCAAAUGCCUCUCUGAAUGUUUAUUCUGAUAAUAUGGAUGAAACAUACACAGCUCUGGAUCCCUCAGCCAGAUCCUCUAACGUGUACCACACACUUACAGCCAUUCAUCCCAGUCGUCCUGAUGACACGUACACAGCUCUGGAUCUUCAUCCCAGUCAUCCUGAUGACACGUACACAGCUCUGGAUCAUUAUUCCAGGUGUCCUGAUGACACAUACACAGCUCUGGAUCGUUAUUCCAGGUGUCCUGAUGACACAUAUACAGCUCUGGAUCUUUAUUCCAGACUAAGACAGCAAAGCUGAGGUCUAUGGAUACCAUUUGGAGGAGAGAAUUUGAGAGAGAAUGUUUAUUGUUAGAACAUUUCUCAAAUUGUAUAAUUGUAAUAAGCAUGCAAGCUUCAUGUCUGCUAAACAUAAUGUACCCAUUCAUGAUUUAUUCUAUAAACAGUUCCUUUCUAGGAAUGGGUAACUCUGUAUUUAGAACCUAUGAAGGCUGUCAGAAACACAAUCUAUAGUCAAUUUGAGUUAACUAAUAAAUAUCCAUCUGUGAAACACAUUAGUCUAUUUGAGUUAGCUAAGAAUUAUCCAUCUGUGCUAUGCUGCAAAAUGAAUUCCACUUCUUUUUUUUCUUGUGUAAACUUUAAGUACUAACCCUUGACACCUAAUUUAGUAUAUCAUUGCAUGCUUAUUUUUCAUGUAUUUGGGAAGGAGGUUAAGUAACAUCA